UUUCCUGCCAGUGGUGUAAUGGCGUAGUAGUCACCUAGGCGCUGUGACCCGCUCGUACCAGCACAACUGGUGUUGUUAUAGAAGAACAUAAGAAUGAAGAUGAGUCGCUUGCUGAGUGGCCGCCGGAAGGCUGAGAAGUCAGCACAGCAAGGACACAAGCGCCAGAACAGUCAGCACCGUAUGGUGACGAAGGAGAAGUCAGUACAACAAGGACACAAGCGCCAGUAUAGUGCCGUGUUGUGGGUAUUGUUCAUGAUGGUCACUACUGUGCCCUCUGCUCUAGCACUCCCGCACCCCGCUCCUGCUAUCUCAUUUCCUCCUGCUUAUCCAACAACACCUUACCCAACACCACCUUAUCCAGCACGUCCUUAUCCAACAACACCUUACCCAACACCACCUUAUCCAGCACGUCCUUAUCCAACAACACCUUCCCUAACACCACCUUCCCUAACACCUGGUGCCCGAGCACAGGUUUACCCAGCGCCUGCCCACUCAGCACCACAUCAAGCAUCAGAUGACAGGACAUCUCUUGUUUCGGCCUCUGUUGAUGACGCACCUGCUAGCCGGCUACCUGUUGAUGACGCACCUGCUAGCCGGCUACCUGUUGAUGACGCACCUGCUAGCCGGCUACCUGUUGACCAGAAUUACACAGGAACUGACUUGAUUCGUGCAUCGCGCGAAGGAUGGUUAUCGCAUGUUAAGUUCCUGCUACAGAACGUUGAAGAUGAAGAUGAUUAUUUCAAGAAUUCGGCGCUAGAAGAAGCAUCAAAGGCUGGCCACAUGAACGUCGUGGAAUACUUGUUGGAAUAUGGUGUUGAUGCUAAUUCUUAUGGAGGGGUGUCACUACAGGUAGCAGCCGACGCUGGUAACCUGGACAUUGUCAAGACCCUCAUACUCCAUGGUGCUGAUGUUAGUGCUGAUGUUGACUUGGCACUAACAAUAGCGGCAGACCGUGGACAUCUAGACAUCGUGAAACUCCUCAUUGAGAAUGGUGCUGAUGUUAAUGCUGGUGGAGGCGGCUUUCCACUAACAAAUGCUUCAGCAGCGGGACACACGAGUGUCGUGAGGCUCCUCUUAGAACAUGGUGCUGACGUUAAUGCUGACUAUGGCUUUCCACUAACAAAUGCUUCAGCAGCGGGACACACGAGUGUCGUGAGGCUCCUCUUAGAACAUGGUGCUGACGUUAAUGCUGACUAUGGAGCGGCAGUAACAGCGGCAGCUAGGAUCGGAAAGCUAGAGCUGGUGAAGCUGCUGUUGGAAUACAAAGCUGAGGUCAACGCUGAGGGCGGCAAACGAAGGUGUCCACUUUGUGAAGCUGCGUGGAAUGGUCACGUAGAUGUGGUGGAGUUUCUCAUUGUGACUGACAAGACUGCCGUUUUGGACCCAGCAUAUUUCAUGAUGCAGAUGGCGUUCCAAGGCAAGUCUGAAGCCGUGAAGUUCCUGAUGAGAAAUGUUAAAAAUACAUUCUAUAACUAUUAUGGCAUCGCUCUGGGAAUAUCUGCGUGGGCUGGUCACCUGAACGUUGUGCAGCUCCUCAUAGAUGAACAUACUGACGUCAACUCAUUUGCAAAUGAACUUAAACUAAAGACUGUAACACAGGUAAAAUUAAAUCUAUCAGGGUUCCGGACAAACACAGGACACCACGACUACAAAGUGGUCCAAUCACCAGAAUGCUUAGGCGAAUAUGUCCGACCUGUAUAG